CACUCCUUCCCACCUCCCCCUGCUGCUUGCCCGGCAGGCUCAGUGAAGUGUAACUGGGAAGCUAUGCAGUCACUACGCUGCCUCCAGCCAGGCCAGCACUGCUAUACACAUUAGCCAUCAAGAGAAGCUAGCAGCGAGCAGGUACUGGGCUUCUUAAAGGGACACAGCAGCAACUUUCCAGUGGCUUGGAUCUCAAUGCCGACAGCAAGUCUUUUCUGUGAACUUUUGAGUCGUCUCACCAGAUGACACGCUGGAGUAUGCCGAGUUCUAUCAGAAAGGGACUGGUCGUUUCUGUGGACUAUAAGCAUCACCUCUUGUAAUAUAUACAUAUUUUAUUCUUUCUUAUCCCGUUGUAGCAAAAGUGAGUUAAGACCUGUUACUCUCAUUAAACUGUACGUGAAGAAACAGAGAUACAGAGAGAGAGAAAGACAGUCAAGGGCUGUGGAACUGUAACACUGGUCACCCUCAAGGUGGACCUGCCCUUGCAACCACUUGCUUUUCAUUAGUGAGUGUACCUUUCUUAGCUGUCUUGUGCAACCAAGUGACGAAUCAAGGAAAACACGAAAAUGGCCAAUUCUGGGUUUCAGCUGCUGGGUUACUUUUUGGCACUGGGUGGCUGGAUUGGCAUCAUCUCAACCACAGCGCUGCCCCAGUGGAAACAGUCCUCUUAUGCCGGAGAAGCCAUCAUCACAGCAGUGGGACUGUACGAGGGGCUUUGGAUGUCCUGCGCCUCACAGAGCACGGGACAAGUACAGUGCAAGGUCUUUGAUUCUCUGCUCUCUUUGGAUGUUCACAUCCAGACAUGCCGUGCCUUGAUGGUGGUGUCCGUACUGAUGGGAUUCAUCUCCAUCAUCGUCAGUGUAGUGGGCAUGAAGUGCACCAAAGUGGGCGAUAACAAUCCUGUUACAAAGAGCAGGAUAGCCAUUUCCGGGGGUGUCCUUUUCCUGCUGGCUGGACUCUGUACACUGGUGGCCGUGUCAUGGUAUGCAACUCAAGUGUCUCAUCAGUUCUUUAAUCCAAAUACACCUGUAAAUGCCAGGUAUGAGUUUGGUUCUGCACUCUUUGUCGGCUGGGCUGCUGCUAGCCUGACCAUGCUGGGUGGAUCCUUCCUCUGCUGUUCUUGUCCCAAUGAGGAAAGGCGAGGACAACAAUACUACCGGCAGUCACAGCCUUCCACAGCCAGGGAAGCUGAGUUACUGAGCGAAAGUAGCUUUCCUGACUGAGCAACACUGCUUAACUGGAAGAAUACCCAGGUUCUACUCAAUUUUUCCAUUUCCUUGUUCCUUCCUAGAUUCAAACUUUGGACCAUAAUUACUGCACUGUAAUCUAAGUCAGGCUCUUUCUAAGUAGACAUUACUGUCUCUCUCUCUAUAUAUAUACUGUAUAUAUAUCUGUCUUUUCUCUGUGUGCCUCUGAUACUCUAGACUGAUGUGAGAAAGUCUAAUCCUGGCAACUUCCGCCUGCCUACUGUAAUCCUACUACAUGGAUUCUGAAUUAAAUGGACAACAAGAUCUCUCUGAACUCUUCUCACUAUGCAUGCUGUGCCACCUGUCUGGAAAGAAUUAUUUGAUUCAAUUUAAUGAGCACUGUGUGACAUGUGUUUUGGCCAUGUAUUUGACUGCUUGAUAGCAUGGCUUUGUCUGACAGAAGUGGUGCUGCCUUUCUGACCAAUCGAUGGAGGGUACCCAGGGUCAUAAGCUAUCCAGCUUCAAAUACUUUUUAGCGUCAAAACAGCCGAAUGUGUCACCAGCUGCUGCUAACUCUCCAGUUCUUCACCCUGAAGUGUCACGCAAGGAGAAUGAGAGUCCUUGGGUCAACAGAGCACCCGUAACAGACCUGACCAUCUAAUAAAAUCGAAGAAUGGAUUUGGCAUCGACUUGAGUGUAUUUACAUUGUAAUGUCACAUUUGUAACACAUACUAGUAUCAUUUGUUUCUCUGUAAAGAUGCACAUGUAUUUAUUCCAAUGUAUUUUUUCUUUUAAAUUGCAGACCAAAUGUAAAACUUUCUCCACCAGACAAAGGGGAGCAGUACUUAUAGUUUGGAAAAUGAACAGCCAUUGCACACGUACUGUUUAGGGUUUGCAACAGACAAGACUCUCUCUCCUUUAGCCUGCUGCAGUGUUCAAUAAAUGAUGAAUGAAUAAAGAAAUUUGACCAAACA